GUGAACGGGAACGGAAGUGACGUUCAGGAAAGUGUACAUGUUUGUGUGUCAUGUGAUAAACACAGCAAACGAGAGACGGAACCCAUCAAAACGGUGUAGAUAAAGGGAGCAGCGCACAGGGCUACUCGUAGCCAACAGUAACUUAAUACAACAUGGCAGAUGAUUUGAAGAGAUACUUAUACAAACAGUUACCAACGGUGGAAGGACUACAUGCAAUAGUAGUAACAGACAGAGAUGGAGUUCCUGUAAUCAAAGUUGCCAAUGACAAUGCUCCAGAGUACGCUCUGCGGCCAGGCUUUCUCUCCACCUUUGCACUGGCCACAGAUCAGGGCAGCAAGCUGGGGCUGUCCAAAAACAAGAGCAUCAUCUGCUACUACAACACAUAUCAGAUUGUGCAAUUUAACCGAUUACCCCUAGUGAUCAGCUUCAUUGCAAGCAGUAGUGCCAACACAGGUUUGAUCAUCAGUUUGGAGAAGGAGCUUGUUCCGCUGAUUGAGGAACUGAGGCAGGUGGUAGAGGUCGCUUAGGAGUCACGUAAAUUUACAACUACUGCACAUCAUACACCUGCAUCAGGUCAUGGGAGCCACACACAUGCACCUUGGACAUCGCUACAAUUCCCUCUUGUGUUGACACACACACACACACACACACACUGGUAUGAUGUUGGCUGUGAAAUGGAAUUUUAUGUCAGUUGCUCUUGAUGCUGUAUGUUUCUAUUAUGAAUGUAACCCCCUCUGUUUGUGUUCUUUUCUUCUAAUAAAUAAAUUUGUCUAAGACUUUGAUGUACAAAAA